UUGGAGUCCGUAAAUCUGCGCGCUUUACGCAUUUCCCGCCAGGCCUCAGGUAGGUCCCGCCCCCUACCAGUUGAAAGCCGGAGUUGGAUUAGGAGAGCACGGAGCGCAGAGACGCGUCACCAUGGCACCCCUCGGACUCAAAGCACUUGUUUGUGACAAGAUCAUGAAUGAUGUGAUCAGGAAGGCCAGAGAGAAGGGGAAAUGGAAGGUAUUGGUGGUGGACAAGCUGAGUAUGAGGAUGAUCUCGUCCUGCUGCAAGAUGACCGACAUCAUGUCCGAGGGCAUCACCAUCGUAGAAGAUAUCACCAAGAAGAGAGAGCCUCUUCCCAGCAUGGAGGCUCUCUACCUCAUCACACCCUCAGACGAGUCAGUAGAUGUUCUGAUCGAAGACUUCAGAGACCCCAGGAACCCGCAGUACCGAGCGGCCCACGUCUUCUUCACCGACACUAUCCCAGACACACUGUUCGGCCUGCUGACCAAAUCCCGCGCCUCCAAGGCCAUGAAGGCCCUGACAGAGAUCCACGUCUCCUUCCUUCCCUAUGAGUCUCAGGUGUUCUCUCUGGACAGGGUGGAUGCGUUCCAGGACUUCUACAGCCCCUACAAGGCAGACGUGAAGAACAACAUGCUGGAGAGAUGUGCGGAGCAGAUCGCGACCCUGUGCGCUACGCUGAAGGAGUACCCGGGCAUACGUUAUCGAGGGGAGUAUAAAGACUGCGCUACGCUGGCCCAGAUGCUUCAGGAUAAACUGGACGGAUACAAAGCAGACGACCCCACCCUGGGCGAGGGUCCGGACAAGUCUCGUAGCCAGCUACUGAUCUUGGACAGGGGGUUUGACCCGGUCUCCCCCGUCCUCCACGAGCUCACCCUGCAGGCCAUGGGCUAUGACCUGCUGGGCAUUGAAAACGACGUCUACAAGUAUGAGACCAGUGGGAUGGGGGAGGUGAGGACCAAGGAGGUUCUGCUCGAUGAGGACGACGACCUGUGGCAGAGUCUGAGACACAAACACAUCGCAGAGGUCUCCACGGCCGUGACCCGCUCCCUCAAGGAGUUCUCAGCCAGCAAGAAGCUGAGCACAGGAGAGAAGACCACCAUGAAGGAGCUGUCCCAGAUGUUGAAGGCAAUGCCCCAGUAUCAGAAGGAACUGAGCAAGUACUCUACCCACCUGCACCUGGCUGAAGACUGCAUGAACCGCUACCAAGGAACCGUGGACAAGCUGUGUCGCGUAGAACAGGACCUGGCGAUGGGCACAGACGCAGAGGGGGAGAAGAUCAAAGACCCCAUGCGUGCCAUUGUGCCAGUGCUGCUGGACGCCAACGUCUCCGUCUCGGACAAGAUCCGCAUCAUCCUGCUCUACAUCUUCCUCAAGAACGGUGUCAGUGAGGAGAACCUGUGUAAGCUCCUCCAGCACGCCAACAUCCCCCCAGAAGACAGUGACAUCAUCUCUAACAUGGCUCAUCUGGGUAUGCCCAUCAUCGCUGAGGGAGUCCCCAAGAAGACCAAGAAACCCGACCGCAAGGAGAGGGUCAGCGAGCAGACGUACCAGCUGUCCCGCUGGACCCCGCUCAUCAAGGACAUCAUGGAGGAUGCCAUAGAGGAUAAACUGGACCCAAAGCUUUACCCCUACAUCUCCCAGCGCCAGGUCUCGUCCAAGUCCAGCGCUCCCUCCAGCAGUGCUCGCUAUGGAAACUGGCACAAGAACAAGGGCCCCACUGAGAUGAAGACGGGCCCCAGGGUGUUGGUGUUCAUCAUCGGGGGCGUGACCUACAGCGAGAUGCGCUGCGUCUAUGAGGUCACCCAGGCCAACGGCAAAUGGGAGGCCAUCAUCGGCGCCACCCACAUCCUCACCCCCACCAAGUACCUUAAAGAACUACAGCACCCAGACUUCAUGGACCCCAACGCGCCACCUGAGGGCGCAGAAGGCCCCGCCGACCCCCCCGCAGAAUGAGGUCACGGAAGAUCAACUGGAAUAAUCAACCCGCCCCGCUUUAUGAACGCCCUGAAAACCCUGGACAAAACAGAGGAAGAGAAGAAGAGCUAAGACGACCGUUGUAAUGCUAACCUUAACAAGCUAAUCAUUUAGCAGACAUACACAUUACUCAAAGAAGCAUCAUAAUACUGUGGCAUGUAAAGAAAAUCCAUAAACAACCAGUUUCAGUCGUAUCUGUCACUUAGUUAUAUACUUUCAGUUUGUGUAUGUUUGUGUAGACCUCUACUCUGAUUCUAACUUUAACUUUAAAUUUACUGGAAGAGAUUGAAUUAUUGUUAAAUAUUGGGCAUAUUGCAUUGCAGUGGCUUGGAUUAUUUAUUUAUUAUUAUUUAAUUAAGGCCUACAUUGUUUUUUUAAAGAAUGAAUACAUUUUUUAAUAAAUGUUUAAGACUGCAAAAUGACACAAAAAAAAGUAGGGGAAAUCUAUCUUAACUAAUGCAAAUGAAUGCUAAUGAUAUUUUAAUAGUAUAAGUCAGUACUACAUAAAAUUACUUUUAUUUAUGAUCAGCGACUUCUUUAUAGUAUAGACUUCUUCAAGCAUUUCUCAUAUAUUCUGGGACAAUAAAUGUUCUCCUUUUCUAACAGAGCAUGCCGAUUUAAUGGUCGAUUUGUGUUUUACAUGUUUGCCGUAUUGUGUAAAUGUAUGCUAUAAGGUGAGAUCCAGCGUCCGAAAUACCAAUAUGAAGUAACCCUAAAUACAAAUGAAAAUUGGAAUAUAAAGUAAAUUAUGCCAUCAUGUAAUUUACCUUAAUAGUAGUAUUAUACUCAGAGUAUUUGUUAUUUUGUCUUUGUACACCUCCACCGUCCAAUUAUUCAUAUAACUUGUUUAGAUGUUAAGUUUUCCCUUGAAAGAUUAUUUUUGUGUCCGAGAAAAACAUUCUCAUGUGUGUGUGACUGUGUGUGUGUGUUGUUAUUAUUUUAGGCCUAAGUCAUGACUAAAGUAUAUUACUAAAACAUGCUAAAUGAAACCCAUGCUGAGAGACCAACCAAGGACCAUGCAUUAUGUUCACGUUGAGUUAUUAAAGUGGCAUCUGAGUUAUUAAA